AUUCUCUUAAUUUUCUCGUCCAUUCAAUACCCACCCUCUGAUCAUUACCUUAACCCUCUUUUACUACCCCCAAAACCCAACCUUGGUUACUCUCCUUCCCUCUCUCUCUCUCUUUCAAGUUCAACACUUUUCAACUGGUUCGGUUUUGUAAGUAAGAGAGAAGGAAAGGAAGAAGAGUUUUCUUUUUAUUUAUGAUUUUCCUGUAUUUGUUUGUAAUUAUUAAAACUUAGAUUCAGAUGACAGUUUUUUCCACUUAUAGAAGUUAAAGCUUCUUCAGAUCUAUGAAGAAAAUUCCCACUGAUUUUCUUCCUUUAUUUUCUUUGCUCUGUUAAACUGUAGCGUAAAUUAUAUUUCUUUGGGUUUUUGAAGAUGAUCCUUGAAAAGAAUCCAUUUUUCUCCUUCAUUUUCACUCCAAAAAUAUCUCUGUUUUUCUCGAGAGAAUUCAAGUUCCUUUUCACUCUCUUUCACUUGGGUUCUUGAGAGAGAUUUCGAAACAUUUUAAAGAAAAAAAGCUUCCUUUUUUUUUUUUUGAAUCUCCUCACCCCACUAUGGGUCUUAGUUAAAAUCUUCAGAUCUGGUCUUCAUUCUUCUAGUUUUUUCUUAUCAAGUUGUCUUCCUUUUUCUCUGGGGGAGUUACCUUGAGAAAAAACAAUAAACAUGAAUUAUUUCCCAGAUGAAGUCGUAGAGCACGUGUUCGAUUUCAUUACAUCCCACAAAGACCGGAACUCAGUGUCCUUAGUUUGCAAAUCAUGGUACAAGAUCGAAAGAUACAGCAGGCAAAGGGUUUUCAUUGGCAACUGUUAUUCUAUCACACCACAGAGGUUAAUAGCCCGAUUUCCAGGUUUGAAAUCACUGACUUUGAAAGGGAAGCCGCAUUUCGCUGACUUCAAUUUGGUGCCACAUGAUUGGGGAGGUUUUGUUGACCCAUGGAUCAAAGCCUUGGCUAAGAGUAGAAUCGGAUUAGAAGAGCUUAGACUUAAGAGGAUGGUUGUGUCUGAUGACAGCCUUGAGCUACUCUCUAGAUCUUUUCCCAAUUUUAAGUCUUUGGUUCUCGUCAGCUGUGAAGGUUUCACCACUGAUGGUGUUGCUGCUAUUGCUGCCAAUUGCAGGUUUCUUAGGGAGCUGGAUUUACAAGAAAAUGAAGUUGAGGAUCAUAGAGGCCAUUGGCUUAGUUGCUUUCCUGAAAGCUGCACAUCUCUUGUCUCCCUCAAUUUCGCAUGCCUCAAAGGAGAAAUAAACUUAGCAUCUCUCGAAAGACUUGUGGCAAGGUCGCCUAACCUCAAGAGUUUGAGGUUAAACCGCGUGGUGCCGCUUGAUACGCUCCAAAAACUGUUGAUGCGAGCACCCCAACUGGUGGACUUGGGUAUUGGGUCUUAUGUGGAUGAUCCAUCUUCUGAGGUCUUCAGCAAACUGAAAGCUGUCAUUCAAUUGUGCAAUUCAAUCAGGAGUUUAUCUGGGUUUUUGGAGGUUGCUCCUUGUUGCAUGUCAGCUAUUUAUCCUAUUUGUGAAAACCUGACCUUCUUGAACUUGAGCUAUGCUCCGGGUCUUCAAGGUAAUGAUCUCACGAAGCUGGUUCAGCACUGCAGGAAACUUCAGCGUCUCUGGAUACUGGAUUGUAUUGGAGACAAAGGACUCGGAGUUGUAGCUUCAACUUGUAAAGAAUUGCAGGAAUUGAGGGUUUUCCCAUCGGAUCCAUUUGAUGCCGGAAAUGCUGCAGUGACAGAGGAAGGUUUGGUCCUUAUAUCUGCAGGAUGUCCUAAGCUCAACUCAUUGCUGUAUUUCUGUCAUCAGAUGACGAAUGCUGCCCUCAUCACUGUAGCCAAGAAUUGCACAAAUUUUAUCCGUUUCAGGUUGUGCAUCCUUGACCCCGUAAAAGCUGACCCUGUAACCAAUCAGCCAUUGGAUGAAGGUUUUGGGGCAAUUGUCCGGUCUAACAAGAGUCUGAAGCGGUUAUCACUCUCUGGCCUUCUGACUGAUCAGGUUUUUCUUUACAUAGGAAUGUAUGCUAAGAAGCUCGAAAUGCUGUCCAUUGCUUUUGCCGGCGACAGUAACAAAGGAAUGCUCUACGUGUUGAACGGUUGCAAAAAACUCCGCAAGCUAGAGAUUAGGGACUGCCCCUUUGGUGACGUAGCACUUUUAGAGGACAUGGGAAAGUAUGAAACAAUGCGAUCCCUUUGGAUGUCCUCCUGCGAAGUUACCCUCGGAGCCUGCAAGACCCUCUCAAAGAAGAUGCCAAGCCUGAAUGUGGAGAUCAUAAACGAAAGUGAACAGCUGGAAUUUAGCCUUGAUGAUAGGCUUCUGGUAGACAAGAUGUAUUUGUAUCGGACAUUGGUGGGGCAUAGGAAAGAUAAGCCGGAGUAUGUGUUGCUUUUGUAGGUGCAUUAUUUUGGCUCAGCCGUUUUCAUUUCUGCUUUAUUAAAACUAGAGUACUACUUUGUUAGGGACAAUUUUAUUUUCAUGGAUCCUUCUUAGCUGGUCGGUGAUCUAGAGAUGUAUGCUACCUUUGUUUAAUUUACAAGAGAUUUGGUA